AUGUCUGAGAGCCAGGAAACUGAUAGGAACAUUGAAAUCUGGAAGAUUAAAAAGCUAAUCAAGGCACUGGAGUCUGCUAGAGGCAAUGGCACAAGCAUGAUCUCUCUUAUUAUGCCUCCACGUGAUCAGGUUUCUCGAGUGGCGAAGAUGUUAGGCGACGAGUAUGGUACUGCUUCAAACAUCAAGAGUAGAGUCAAUCGUCAAUCAGUUUUGGGUGCCAUCACCUCAGCUCAGCAGAGGCUGAAGCUUUACAACAGAGUUCCUCCCAAUGGUUUGGUUCUCUACACUGGAACCAUUGUUACUGAUGAUGGAAAGGAAAAGAAAGUUACUAUUGAUUUUGAGCCAUUCAAGCCUAUAAAUGUCUCACUUUACCUUUGUGAUAACAAGUUCCACACUGAGGCUUUAAAUGAGCUGUUGGAAUCUGAUGACAAGUUCGGCUUCAUUGUUAUGGAUGGUAAUGGUACACUUUUUGGCACACUAAGUGGAAAUACACGUGAAGUGCUUCACAAAUUUACUGUUGAUCUCCCAAAGAAGCAUGGUAGAGGAGGGCAGUCAGCUCUACGUUUUGCUCGUCUUCGGAUGGAAAAACGUCAUAACUAUGUCCGAAAAACUGCUGAGCUUGCUACUCAGUUUUUUAUCAAUCCAGCUACAAGUCAGCCUAAUGUUUCUGGACUGAUUCUUGCUGGUUCUGCUGAUUUCAAGACAGAGCUGAGCCAAUCUGAUAUGUUUGACCAGAGACUUCAAGCCAAGAUACUUAAUGUGGUUGAUGUUUCUUAUGGCGGCGAGAAUGGGUUCAACCAAGCUAUUGAGUUGUCAGCUGAGAUUCUAGCAAAUGUGAAGUUCAUACAGGAGAAGAAGUUAAUUGGCAAGUACUUUGAAGAGAUCAGUCAAGAUACUGGGAAGUAUGUCUUUGGUGUUGAUGACACUCUAAAGGCUCUUGAAAUGGGUGCUGUUGAGACUCUGAUAGUGUGGGAGAAUCUUGACAUCAACAGAUAUUCGCUGAAGCACAGUGUCUCUGGGGAAAUUAUUGUCAAACAUUUGAACAAGGAGCAGGAAGCGGAUCAGAGCAAUUUCCGCGAUAGUGAGACCAAUGCCGAGUUGGAAGUUCAGGAAAAAAUAUCUCUGUUGGAGUGGUUUGCUAAUGAAUACAAGAAGUUCGGCUGUGCGCUUGAGUUUGUCACUAACAAGUCACAAGAGGGAUCGCAGUUCUGCAGAGGAUUCGGUGGCAUUGGUGGUCUGCUGCGCUAUCAGCUAGAUAUGCGGUCUUUUGACGAGGUUUCAGACGAUGAAGGUUUGUAUGAAGACUCUGAUUAG